GUCGGUUGUGAAGCAGCUCGUGCUUUUCUCUCCCCAUUUCACGCUCCACAGCAAACACUCACACGCGCGUGCACUCCACUCAGAGGACUAUCAUCAGUCAGCUUAAGACUUGUAUGUCCAUCAGUGCGCUGGUCAGUGUGGUGAGACAUUGCAGAGACACUUCUGAAGGGCUUUAGAGUGAGUCCCUGGUACAGCAGAAUCGAGUUCGGUAUAGCGGAUCUUUCCCGGAUCGGUGGACAUGGACUGUCAGGCGGAGGACAGUAAAGCAUCUCGGGACUCAGGGUGUGGGUGCGCGCGCCGUUCCUUGACUAUGGCUGCCGCUGUAAGUCUCGCGCUUUCGCUCGGUGCGCUGGCCGCGUGCAGCCUGUUGAGCGUUAACGCGCGCGACACUAAGAGCCGAGUGCUCGCGCUGGAGAGGAUCAUCAGCGAUGGAGCUGGAGGUUCAGGAUCAGAGGAGCUGCACAAUACCGUCCAAAUUCUUCUGCAAGAAAGGCUGAGUGAACUGAUGCCAAAACUGCGUAAAACGAGAGACGUCGGUCAAGAGUGCGUCUGUCCUCCAGGUCCUCCUGGGAAGCGUGGCAGGAUGGGAAGAAGAGGAGAUCCUGGUCCUCCAGUAAGUAGCUCUCAUGUCUGUCUUUUAUUCCACAUUGAUGUUGGUAUGUGUGUACUCGGUGUAUUCGAGUUGCUUCACCUGCCUGUUAACUUUCAUCUGCCUGUGAAAGCAACAGCUAUACGUUAA